AUGUCGCUUCUUAAGACUUCACUACCCCAGGAGGGUACCGGCCGCGCCGCGGUCGGAGAAUCCCUCCCCGCGUCCUCGGGCGCGGGCUGCCCCACCGUAUCUGGGGGGGGCAAGAACCGACAUAGGGACGCAAGUCCCUUAAUAUUGACGUCGCAGCCAGAGGCUGGCUCACUCUCCGAGGCGGAAUGGGUGAGCGUAGAAAGCUUAUUGGAGGUGCAACCCCGACAGCGGGCUCCAAAAAGGGGCCGUGAGGGGGAGGAUGGUGCCAGUGCAGAAAUGCCGGCACCGAAAGCGCCCAAGGCGCCAAUUAUGAAGGCCGCGAAAGCGGCGAAAAAAGGUGGUCGGCCGAAGUCGACUUUGUCCGCUGACGCCCGUCGGGAGUUAGUGGCGGCAAAGCGCGAUGAGGCUGAAAAGGCGGUGGCCGAGAUGGCCAAAAAGGCGGAGACGCUGCAGGCGUCAUCGCCCGCAGACAAGGGCACCCUUGGGGACCAGGCCGCAACCAAUAUAAAAAUCAUCCGGGAAAUUGCGGCCCAUUCAGGGAACCUCAAGGGUACCUUUCAAAAGGGCCUGAAGGACGCUGCGGCGUCCCUAGAGAAGGUGAUGUCGGCUCUGAGCUCUGGGUCGACAGGUGAGGAGGCUGAGCGCCUGCGCGUAAUAUGCGAGCGCAUGGAAGCAAAGGUCUCCUCACUUGAGAAAGAAGUGGCGCAGCUCAGAGCUGCCAUUAAUAGUGAGCGUCCCGAACGGGCGGCCCUUGCGCCUGCCCCUUUGACAGAAUUCCGGCAGGAGGAGACUGAGGUGCUGCAGCGCCUCAUUCUCUCCACGAUGAGUCCUGUACUGGACGCCCGUUUUGAGGGCCUCCAGGACCGUCUCCUGCCGGCGAAAAGUUUGCGGCCCGCACUGGCAGCCGAUAAACGCCGUACGCCGGCGAAAGAGACGUCGGGUGAUAGGUUGGCUGCCUCGGUGGCCGACAUGCUCCCGGUCUCCGACACCGAUGUGGAGGAGGUGCCGGUGCCGGCUCCGGCAAGCCGUACGGCCGUGUGGCGGAAGGCGCCCCCCCAACCGACCCCUGAACCCAAGCCCAAAAAGGGCAAAGGCAAACGGGGUAGGAAGGGAAAGGGCAAGAAAGGGAACUCUGCCCCUACGGCGCCUGAGCCGGUACCGUUGGUGACUCCACCACGGUCGUCAAUGAGGUCGGCCAACUCAUCAUCCUACGCAGCCGUAACGGCUGCGCCGGCGUCACGGCCAACCGCUCUGCCUCCGGCUCCUGGGCCAAGCGAAGAGCCCUGGAAAAAGGUGCCGGAGAAGGGUGCCAGGAGGAAGUCUGCCGCUGCCGCUGCCCCACCCCGGGGUAACCAGGCUGCGGCCAAAAAAGAGAAGGGUCCACAACCGCCCAAACUCCGCCCACCGCGGUCGGCUGCGGUUGUGAUCAGGCUGCGGCCGGACGCGGAAAAGCGGGGAGCGACAUAUGGUCAGAUCAUGGAUCUGGCCAUGGAUAAAGUGGACCUCGGCGCCCUGGGUAUACCCGGGGUCAAAUUUAAAAAGGCGGCAACCGGUGCCCGCAUCUUAGAGAUAGCGGGCACUGAAAAGGACGACAAGGCCAACCUCCUGGCGUCCAAAUUGAAGGAGGUCCUGGAUCCUCAGGUAGCAGAGGUAUCCAGGCCUCUAAAGAGUGUGGAUGUGCGCGUGCUGGAGCUGUGCGACUCCGCCACACCAGCCUUGGUGUGUAGCGCAAUCGCUCGUGCGGGUCAAUGCCCCGAAUCGGAAAUCCGAGUCGGGGACAUUCGGGAGGACCGCUCGGGCGUUCGCACGGCCUGGGUAAGGUGUCCCAUCGCGGCGGCCAAACGGCUGACCGCCAACGGCACCAGACUCCUAGUCGGAUGGGUUUCGGCGCAGGUAAAACUGCUGCCGGCUAGGCCCAUGCAGUGCUUCCGCUGCCUAGAGACGGGUCAUGUCUCGCAGCGGUGCACUGCCGAGUCCGACAGGAGCCUGCUGUGCUACAGGUGCGGCGAGCCGGGUCACAAGGCCGCGGCGUGCAACGCUGCCCCCAAGUGCAUCUUGUGCGCGGGGGCAGGCAAACCGACGGGGCACCGCGUGGGGAGCAAAGCGUGCUCCAGCACGCGCCAAAACCAAAAAAGAAGGAGAGGUGGGAAGCGGGGUGCGUUCGCGGCUACGGCCCAGACGCAACCUGCUCGUGCGGCUCAGAGCGCCGAGGCGAUGGAAACGGGGGCCUCUGAAUAA